AUGAGCCAAAGUCAAAAUAAUACAAAAACUACCUCCGAGUCAACAGUCGUAAAGACAAUGUGGGGUCAAGCAGUGGCAAGCACAGAAACACCAAUUCCUGCAUGGUCUUUUGCUGUAGGCUCUUUCAGACCAGGAACAAAGGGCAUUGUUGGGUUCAGCUUGGCUCAAAUUUUGGGAGGAUAUAUGAUUUAUGAUGAUGAUUUGAUCAACGGUGCAGGCUUUUCUUCAGUCUGGAGUGCUUUAUACUUGUUGGCUUAUGGUAGACCAGCCGUCAAGAGCGUGCGACCGUUACCUCUUGGUCUUGCAGCGAUGGCUGGGUUUAACGCAGUAUACUAUGGCCGUCACUUUUUCUUCCCCAAGAAUCGAGCAUCUCUACCAGAAAAUGGUGGUAUUUAA